AUGCGCGCGCCCAUUCCAGAGCCCAACCCUGGAGACCUGAUUGAGAUCUUCCGCCCUCUCUACAAACACUGGGCCAUCUAUGUUGGUGAUGGCUAUGUGGUCCACUUGGCGCCUCCAAGUGAAAUAGCUGGAGCUGGUGCAGCCAGUGUCAUGUCUGCUCUGACAGAUAAGGCCAUCGUGAAGAGGGAAUUGCUGUGUGUUGUGGCUGGACGAGACAAAUACCGGGUCAAUAACAAACAUGAUGACAAGUACCCAGUGCUACCUGGCGUCAAAAUCAUCCAGCGGGCAGAGGCGAUGGUGGGGCAGGAGGUGCUGUACAAGCUGACCAGUGAGAACUGUGAGCACUUUGUGAAUGAGAUCCGCUAUGGAAUCGCCCGCAGUGACCAGGUGAGGGAUGCUCUCAUUAUCACUGGCAUCGGAACACUAGCCUUGGGAGUCAUCUUGGCCUUUGGAUUGGUAUUGUCUAAAAACAGGCGACAACAGCAAUAA